AUAUAUUACAUCCAUCACCUCCGUAAUUUCCUUCCCCAGCUCUUAUCUUUGAUUUCUUCCUUCCACACACCCAUCAUUUUUUAAUCAUUUUAUUGACUAGAAUUCCAAAUAAAAAGGAAAGAGAGACCGCUCCAGCUAUCAUCACCACUACCCUCCAAUCUCUCUCUAUCUCUCCCUCUCUCCCUCAGAUCAGAUGUGACUGCCUCUUUCUCUAUUCUCUGCCCAAAAAUCAAACCCAAAAGUAAAUGAAAGAGAGAGAGAUUAUUGCAUGGCGACAACCCAAAUCAGGCCAAUACGAAAGCGAUUUUCAUUCCAUAAUUCAUCCUUUUUAUACCCAAUCAACCACAACCCCUUCAUCUCAUCCCCACUCUCCUCCAAUGGCUGCUGACGCCUCUCCCCAAUUCCGCGAUGCUGAAUUCACCGACUUUCGCGACGCUGCUCAGAUCAGCGUCUCCCACGAUGGCCUCUACUUCUGGCAGUACAUGGUCGCUGGUUCAAUCGCUGGCUGUGUCGAGCACACUGCCAUGUUCCCUAUCGAUACCCUCAAGACCCACAUGCAGGCUCGCACCACCUGUGCAGUCCAAGCUGCCGCCCCCACCCUCCGGCAGGCCUUCCAAUCUGUCCUCAAGCUCGAGGGCCCCACCGCCCUCUACCGUGGGGUCGCUGCCAUGUCCCUCGGCGCCGGCCCAGCCCACGCUGUCUACUUCUCCGUCUAUGAGUUCUGCAAGGAACACCUGUCCGCUGGCAACCCCAACAAUUCUGCUGCCCAUGCUGCAUCCGGCGUCUGUGCCACCAUCGCCAGUGAUGCUGUCUUCACGCCCAUGGACAUGGUGAAGCAGCGCCUGCAGCUGCGGAGUAGUCCAUACAAGGGUGUCUUGGAUUGCAUUGGCCGGGUACUGAGGGAGGAAGGCUUUGGGGCUUUCUAUGCGUCGUACAGGACGACAGUCCUGAUGAAUGCGCCCUUCACGGCUGUGCAUUUCGCAACGUAUGAGGCGGUGAAGAAGGGGUUGAUGGAGGUGUCUCCGGAGAGCGUGUCCGAUGAGAGAUUUAUUGUCCAUGCUACUGCAGGGGCUGCUGCCGGUGCGCUGGCAGCCGCAGUGACGACGCCGCUCGAUGUUGUAAAGACCCAGUUGCAGUGCCAGGGCGUCUGCGGAUGUGACAGAUUCGCAAGUGGCUCAAUUGGGGAUGUCAUUCGAACCAUAGUGAGGGAGGAUGGAUACAGUGGACUCCUUAGGGGAUGGAAACCCAGAAUGCUCUUCCACGCUCCUGCUGCUGCUAUCUGCUGGUCUACCUAUGAAGCAGCGAAAUCCUUCUUCCAAGAACUCAACGAACGCGGCAAGACGCAGUCCUGAAACCACGAAAGAACAUUUUCUAGAACCUGCUCUCUUUACGGAAUCAGUCAUCUGAUCUUCCAUGUCAAAUUACAUGGCCAAACUAAAAGCACGGGAAUUUCGGGGGGCUGUUGUCAUCGACAGGUGCAGUGGUAGGUAGUCGGUGACCAUCUGAAGAUUUAUUUGUAUUAUAUAGAGAAAUGCUUCAAUGCUCUCAGACUGUAUGUUAUAGUGCUCCUAUUUGCAUUGAGACACUUAGUCCAAUCCAUUGAUCUAGACUGUUCAUUAGGUCCAGUGCACAUUUCAUGGGUUACCACACAAACAUCACACUGAUUUGACAAAUAUUUAACCAUUUGAUCAAUGGCCUUUAAUGUGGACGGUCAAGAUCAUCUGCAUAAAAAAUAGGUCCAAUCAAUAGGUUGCUUAUGAUUCUUAAGACGACUUUAGAAAAUAAGGCGAAACCAAGGAUAGAUUGGAUUGAUCAGUGCAGUUUUUCCAUUAUGGCCCGUGAAAUAUGUUCUGGACUUGAUGAACAGUUCAGAUCGAUUGAUUGGACUGUCCAGGUGAACCAAUGCCAAGUGGGAGCACUGUAACAUACAGUGCUCUGCUCUGAGAGCACUGGAGCAUGUCUUUUAUAUAUGUAUGUUGCUGUUCAGAUAAUAAUAAUGUUAAUGAGAAUUCAAAGGCUGUUUGAAUUUUGUUCACCCAGUGUUGUGUUAGGUUAUCAAUGGUGAAAUUAUCAUGCACU